UCUCCCAAAUCUAAUUUUGUUUCUUUUUAUUUUUUUUCUCGUCGGAGUUGUCCGGCGGCCAAAACGGAAUAGUCCAUUCAUCGGUGAAGCGCACGUAGAUUCUCGACUCAAUUCGUCCCGGCGCCAGUUUACGCUGCUCAACAAGAGGUUGUCUGGUUUGGAAACCAUAGCAAUUAGCAGUGAGAAGGGAAGGAUGUUGAAGUCUCUCAAUGAGGAGCUGCUUCUAUUAUCAAGGCCAAUAAGGGAAUCACUCUCCAAGGCACCUUAUACUCCUCCAGAGGGUUCCAGUGUCUCUAUCAAAUCCAUGCUACUGUCUCUUCUUUCCGACUCCCAACUCGAAAUAAGGGAUUUUAGCUUAUGCUGUGCUGCAUUGGCGUCUGCCUCCGAAUCCACCUACAAUCAACUCUUUUGGGUUCCCAAUUUGCUAUCUCUUGCUGCUGCCUCUGCCUUCAAAGACCUAUCUAAAGCUUAUGCUACCAUGGCUGCUGGGAAUCAUGACUUGAUCAAAUUUGGCGAGCUGGAUCUUGAUUUUAAGUCUCUCCCAAAUGAUAAAAUCUUGGCCAUUCACUUAAUCCCUCAACUCUUGCCUUUGCUAAAAGACACGAUUAAAGAGAGUGCCAUUGAUAAAUCAAUUGAUGGUCAUGAGAUAUCAGCUGCAAGCGCUAGUGUUCCUGUAGCAUACGCCAUUAUUGCUGCUUAUCAGUUUAGAUGGUUCAUUUCUCAGGUGGAUUAUCCUCACCUUGGAAAAGUGUGCUCUUUGGUAAUUCCAUGUGCCCUAACAGCUCUUGAUCACUGGUCAUCUGAAGUAAAGGGACAGGGCAUGAUUAGCUUAAUAUAUCUGGCGAAAAAUGUCAAUGCGGCUGAGAUUGGUUGGUAUGAAGAUGUAAUUCUUGAUGCUUGCUGCCAAAAUAUUGCUUCCGAUGAUGAGAUAUGGGAGCGUGUGGUUCAAAUGUCUGUACUUAUGGUGACCUUCACCCAGAAAAGUAAUCCUCGAAGCAUAUGGUAUGAAAAAUUGUUGAAUGAGAUGUUGAGUCACCUGGAAAGGCAACCAAGAAACAAGGAGCGACGUGUUGCAUGGCUACAACAUAUUGAGCCACUGUUCAAUGGUCUUGGUCUUAUACUGCUAUCUCAUUUCAGGCGACUUUUCCCUCUGUUCUUCCGGUGGAUGCAUGCAGAUGAUGACAGAACUGUUCUACUGGUUCUUGAACGGAUCAAGACAAUUGUAAAGUUGACAUGGAUAAGGAAUUCUCCAUACAUUGAAAGGUUGGUGGAUGAACUUGUUAGUCUAUUCAAGGAAGCAGCGCUGAAAAUUGCACGUGAAGAAAUCAGACAACUUGUUCUUCAGACUAUAAUUUUGAUCCAACAAUCCAAGGGCUCGCAGUUCAAAGCCGCUUGGGACAAGCACAAGGAUGAUCCUGACUUGACAAUUUUUCAUCAUUCCCUUAUUGAACAACAGCCUGCAAUGGUUGUUCGAUUGGGGAACCUUGAUGUAACCGAUAAAGUUGUUGCCAUGUGACAAGGAGGUUAUAGGUUCGAGCUGUGGGAACAACCUCUUGGCGGAAAUGCAGGGUAAGACUGCGUACAAAUAGAUCCUUAUAGUCUGGCCUUUUUCCAGAUCCCUUGCAUAGUGAAAGCUUAGUGCACCGGGUUGCCAUUCCUUUCAAUUGCUGAGACUUGUUAUGCUUUUCAACGAUUCAUCAAACGAAGGGAUUGAGAGUAAUUGGGCUCAGCAUUAAUGUAAAUAGUCGCCCAUAGGCAUACUUUCAAGUUUAAGAUAUAAUACCGUUACAAUACCGUAUUUCGUAUGGAGAUGUAUUUAUUUUAGUAUGAUUUCUCAUAUAAUACUAAAGCUCAUCGUAUCGUAUUGUAAGUUGUACGUUAAGUAGAUGAAAAUAAAUUAAUGUUUAUUUCUCUUUGAAAAA